UAUUGGCUCAGAAGCUUCCGGCUUCUUCCUCUUAUAUGAGAUUAGCAAACAAAACGGAUAAAAUCAAUACUACAAUGAGUAGAUAUUUGAAUUAGAGGGUAAAUUCCCCUCAGACAGUUCAACUCUUCGCCUUAAAGUGUUGUCUCGUGUUUAUUAACUGUGGGAUUAACUAGAAACUGCCGGCCGGUUUUCAACUAACGCUACAGUAGAUUAUUUUGCCCGAAACGGAUUGCAGCCAUGAUGGCGUCAAGCUACAACGCUAAGGAAGAGGACGGACACAACUCGGGCGCUUCGAAUAACGGAGGCGCUGGGGUUGUGAAAAGUAAAAAGCCGGACAACACCGCGUUCAAACAGCAGCGACUGCCAGCCUGGCAGCCCAUUCUGACUGCAGGCACCGUGCUGCCUGCUUUCUUCGUAAUCGGUCUCAUCUUCAUCCCCAUCGGCAUCGGCCUGUUUGUCAGUUCAAACAACAUCAAAGAGUUUGAGAUUGAUUACACUGGUGUAGACAUUAACAAUCCAUGCUACAACUGUGCCAAGAACUUCAGCUGGAACAGCACAACACCAUGUGUCUGCUCAGUACCCUUCACAUUGGAGCAGCCAUUUGAGAGCAAUGUCUUUAUGUACUACGGCUUAUCCAACUUCUAUCAGAACCACAGACGCUAUGUGAAGUCCAGGGAUGACAGCCAACUGAAUGGUGACCAGUCUGCUUUAAAGAACCCCAGCAAGGAAUGCGAACCGUACCGUACAAGUGAAGGACAGCCCAUUGCUCCAUGUGGGGCCAUAGCUAACAGCCUUUUCAAUGACACUCUGGAGCUGUAUCAUAUUGAUUCCAAUGGCACCAGAAAUACAAUUCCUCUGGUAAAGAAGGGAAUUGCGUGGUGGACAGACAAGCAUGUGAAAUUCAGGAACCCUGGUGGAAACAACAACCUUACUGUAGCUUUCCAAGGCACAUCUAAGCCGGUGAACUGGAGGAAGCCAGUGUAUGAGUUGGACCCAUCAGAUCCUGAGAACAACGGCUUUAUCAAUGAGGACUUCAUUGUGUGGAUGCGCACGGCUGCGUUGCCCACCUUUCGCAAGCUCUAUCGCAUCAUCCAGAAGAAGUCGAGCACAACCCCCACUCUGCCCAGUGGCAAAUACCUCUUGGAGAUCACUUACAAUUACCCUGUGCUCAGCUUUGAUGGUCGCAAGCGGAUGAUCCUGAGCACCAUCUCCUGGAUGGGAGGGAAGAACCCCUUCCUUGGCAUUGCCUACAUCACUGUGGGCUCCAUCUGCUUCUUCCUGGGGGUAGUUCUGCUCAUCAUCCACCAUAAAUAUGACACCCGAAACAACAGUCCAGAUAUUCCGAACUAAACUGUUCUUGUAUCACGUUUUUCUGUCUAUGCAUGCAUGGGUGACCCUAAGAGGUCCAUUCUAGACUGCUUGUUGACUUUAGCGUGAAUACACUGGUCUCUGUAAUUGUUGUGCGUUUGUGUAAAGACAGCAUUGUCUUAAAUGUCUCAUCAAAAGCUGUGUGUUUGUGUAGGUCAACUAAGGCAAAAGAAGGAUGCUCGAGUCUGUGUCUCUGCAUAUAGCUUUGUGUCAGCUGCUGAGAAUGUCAUUUCCUGUCUUCAAAAAAAAUGUAUUUAUCUUCUAUUUAUCUAUACAUUAUCAAAGUAUCUGUCUUAUUUUUAGCAAUGCUUUGCGAAUGGCUUAAUUAUUGAAGGAUGUCCAUCCAUCCAUCUUCGUCCUCUUAUCCGGGGUCGGGUCGCGGGGGGAGCAGCUACAGCAGGGGACCCCAAUCUUUUCUUUCCCGAGCCACGUUAAUCCGGUUCCGACUGGGGGAUCCCCGAGGCGUUCCCAGGCCAGGUUGGAGAUAUAAUCCCUCCACCUAGUCCUGGGUCUUCCCCGAGGCCUCCUCCCAGCUGGACGUGCCUGGAACGCCUCCGUAGGGAGGCGCCCAGGGGGCAUCCUUACCAGAUGCCCGAACCACCUCAACUGGCUCCUUUCGACACAAAGGAGUCAGCGGCUCUACUCGGAGCUCCUUACAGAUGACUGAGCUUCUCACCCUAUCUCUAAGGGAGACGUCAGCCACACUCCUGAGGAAAGGAAGGAUGUAUGUAUUUUUAUUGCAAGUUUGUGUCCAUAUAUAGUGCCCAUAUUAUGUACUGUAAUAUGUCCUGCUGAUGAAUGUACCAUUAUAUUUCAUUGACAUACCUCUGUGGUUUUUGAGAUUACCUUGAAUAUAGGCUCGGAAAAGCAUUGCUUGCGUGCCCUGAUGAUGAUUAUGGUAACCACUGAUAUUUAACAAGAAAUAUUUUAUCCUCAAUAGUCAUUGAAUACUCAUAACAAGUAGUACCAAAAGUGUGGCUAUUUACCCCCUGCUGUGACUGGUUGUAUAAAGAGACUGAGCCAGUCAUAAGGCAUCUUUUUAAAAUUACAUUUUGAUGCUUAUUAAUGAUGGAAACAUUAUCCUAUACCACUAUAUUCAGUAUUCAUAAUUCUAAGAAUCUGGGCAACGUCUUAGGCUGAUUAGAGCACAAUUGUUUUUUUUUUUUUUUUUUUACAGUUUUGCCCGAGUGUUUGGUUAUCUUGCAUUCUUCAAUGUUGACCACAUUAUAUGCACUUUAAAAGUGUCACAUUUGUUAGUUUUCCCCUUGUUUCACUUCAUCUUAUGUUAUAUAUUAUAUAAAUAAUAUUGCGUUCUUGA